CUAACAGAAAUGCCUGCCAUUAACCCAGACGAGGCAGACACUCGAUAUGUAAGAUGUCGACGUAAUGGAUGGACGCGUCCACCUCACGAGUAUCAAAUCAUUGCCUGGGUUAUCAAAAUCUACUUCCUACUCAUAAACUUUGGAAUGAUUGUUCCCUCACUUUCAGAAGAAUUGCAAGCCAUAUGUUACGUUGUGAACGGCUUGGCGAGUGUUGUGUACGUGCUGUGCGUCAUAAUUACAACGUCUAUCAACCCAGCACACGAGGCCGUGUUAAAGAAACCCAUUCAGCGGACGUUGGCCGUCUUUGACAGCGACAAACACGAGCACGUAAUCGAGAACCACUACUGCAAUCUGUGUGAAGUACAUGUUGAUGAGAAGACAAAACACUGCAGAGACUGCAACAAAUGCAUUUCGGACUUUGACCAUCAUUGCAAGUGGCUCAACAAUUGCAUUGGCAGACGCAAUUACCGAUGGUUCAUCAUGAAGCUGGCUAGUGCUGUGGUUUCGUUUUGUCUGAUUUUGUGUAUGUCGUUAGCCCAGUUUAUCGGAUACUUUACGGAUCGGACGAGUGGCAGAAUACUGCAACCAUAUAAAGGGAAUGGAUCCGACGAUGCUGUGUUUUUGAUCCUUUACCAACCCGUACCAGACUGGGUAUGGUUGGCAUUUCAGUCUAUCACAAUAUUGUUGGCCAUCAUAUGCGUCUACUUGUUGACUGCUCUCCUCAGUUUCCAUUGCUACAUCGGUUAUAAAAAGAUCAGUACAUUUCGCCUUAUUUUACAAAAGCGAAAAGCCAAAGAAGAAGGAUCCCAACAAGAGAGAUCGAAACCGAAAUGCCUUGUUUCAAGAAAAACCUGGGCCAACAUUUUCAAAGUGAAUCGUGUCAAUCCUUUAAAAGAAACAACCAUACCAGAUAUAGAAGACAGGUUUUUUACUUGUAUCAACGACAGAGAAUCCCAUGGACCAUGUGUCGACCGCCAUGAACAGUCAGAACUUCAAAGUUCAAGAUCCAGCCACCAGGCAUCUUCACAGUCUGUUGUGAUCCAUUCGAACACCAAUAUAGGACCACAGCAUCUGGAACCCAUGAUCCAAUCCUUGAGGCUAGAGCUGUCAACAUCCUGACUGACUUGACAAGCUGAUCAAACCCGAAAGAAAGAAAGAAAGAAAGAAAAUCCUACCAACAAGUUUAUUCACAUAAAGACCACCAACGGUGCUACAUGUGUGACAGUGAAUGCAGGGUUUUAUCACCCAUGUUUCUAAACUCCAAUAAUCGGCAUCAUUCCCCACCAUUCACAAAAGACUAAUUUUUUAUUCCCAAUUUUGGAUUAAAACAUUCCCAAUCUGAA